AUGUUUGAAAGAUUCGCCUCAAUUGUAUUGCCGGAAGAAGAAAUUGAAAAACGAAAAGAUUACGCGAGAUUGUGUAAAUAUGCUGGAGAGACUGCUGUUUCGUGUUGCUUUUCAUCGUUGGUUUUGGCAAUGGGAAUUGUGAUGGCUGGAACUGGAGAUAAAACAGUUAUAAGAUAUGCGAGAUUUUUGAGAAUGUCGGAAAAAUUGGUAAAAGAUUCGUGGCUAAUAUCGGGACGGAAACAUUAUGAACAAAUGGUUGCACAUCAAACACUUGGAAUGUUAUUUAUGGGAAAUGGAAGAUAUGCAAUUAAAAAGGAUAAUGUUUCGAUUGCCCUUUUGAUUACAUCAUUUUUACCUGUUAUUCCGACAAGUGUCAGCGAUAAUACGUUAGUUUUUUUUUGAAGAAGGAAAGGAGGGAGGUCUCGAAAUUUAAAAAUAUUUUUUUGGCAGAUAAAAAUUAAUUACUUUAAAAAUUACACAGAAAAAGUUCACAUCGUAGUUCUUUUCAAAAUUCAAAAAUUUCAGACAUUAUCACCAACCACUUCGAUUUAUGUGGACUCUCGCAGCCGAACCUCGACUUAUUGUUCCGGUUGAUAACAAUGAAAGUACAGUAGUCGAGUGUGAUUGUUUGAUUAGUUUGAAAACGAAAUCAAAUGAGACACAAAAUCGAUAUUUCGUAAGAGCUCCAUGUCUUCUUCCACCUUUGGAAACUAUCGAAUUUCUCGAAAUCGGCGGCGGAUGUUAUGAACUUGUUCGAAUCAAUCUAAACACUUCGGAGGAAAUCAAAUCAAUGAAGCAAAUAUUGAGUGUUGGGCAAGGUCGAAUCAGACUUCAAAGAUUUGUUUCAAAUAGCACUGAGGCUCCGAAUAGCUUAAUUAGUGACUUAUAUUCGCCAGAAGCAUCACCCAGACGUUUUGAUUUGAACGAACUUUUGAUGGUUGAAGAUAUGUCUUGGCCAAUCAGCGACAUGGAUUUCAAUCUACAAGAGAACUAUUUGAAAAAAGAGCUGAGAUUGAAUGGAGCCGACAAAUAUCCACAAAUUCAAGCGCAUUUGAAUACAUUCCGCGAUGAAAUUGAUCGAACAACAAAACAAAUGGCUGGAUUGCAAAUAUCGAAUGUUGAAUUAGCACAAACAGUCGUCGACGGGUUAGUUUUCAGAAUUUUCAUUUUGAAUCAAAAUCCAAAUGUUUUCAUUUUUGCAGGUGGAGCAACGAGGUGAAUGUGGCAAUGAAGCUGGACGAAAUUGCUCGCAAUAUGCGCAGAUAA